CAGUCACAAUAUGGCGGAUGAGUGAAGGAAAAAAGAUUAAAGCUUCGCUAAAUGUUUUAGAAUAAUGCCCUUAUUUUUCUGCUCUUCACUGUUGUCAAGAAACUCAAGGUGUAUCUUAAAUAAUCAUGUCCGAAUAUUUUUCAAUAGUAGAAGUCGGUUCGUUUGCGUCCGUCAACAACCUCUACUAUUUAAAACGAUACCUUCUAAGAGUUUAAGUCAGGUUUGCUGCAGAUCUUGGUCUUCUUAUGCAGUUAGAAGAUUCCAUACAAGUCAGUCAAGAUCUGCCGCUCCACUUGCAGCUCUUCUUGUCAAACUGGCCGGUCCUCUUUCAAAAUUGACCAAACUUGUUGCUGUCGUCGGAGGAAGAUCUUUUCGUAAGUGGUGGAACAAUUUAUCAGCUGAUAAGCGUUUACAGCUCACAAAAUCAUUUCAUCUUCGGAAGGAAAGACUGACCAUAGUCGUCGGUGGUUUUAGUGGAUUAUGUAUUGCAUAUUACUUUUUCCAUCUAGAGGAGACACCAUUCACUCACAGGACUCGAUUUAUGCCAAUCUCUCAUCGACAAAUGGAGGAACUAACAAAUACAGAGUACAGGAAUACGUUAGAGUUAUUUGCAGACAAAAUAUUACCUGUGACCGAUCCCAACCACCUCAGAGUCUUAAGGGUUGCAAAAAGAUUGGUGAUGGCGAAUGGUAGUAAGGAGAUGGAACAUUUGUCCUGGCAAGUCAAUGUGGUGAAUUGUGAUGAUAUGAAUGCAUUUGUGUUGCCUAAUGGUCAGAUUUUCAUGUUCACUGGAAUGUUGAAUAAGUUACCAAAUGAUGACUCACUGGCCACCAUUCUUGGUCAUGAGAUGUCCCAUGCUAUUUUACAACAUGGGGCAGAGCAAGUCAGCCUAUGUGGGUUCAUUAACAUGUUUAUUGUCAUAGUUCUUGCAUUACUCUGGGCCCUCCUGCCAACAGAAACAGCUAUCUUUGCUCAUUGGUUUCAAAACAGAAUACUUAGUAUUUUUCUUCACCUUCCUUAUUCAAGAAGAUUAGAAGAAGAGGCAGAUGAGGUUGGAAUGAAAAUGGCAGCCAAGGCGUGCUUUGAUGUUCGUGAAAGUCCCAGGUUUUGGCGACGAUUGGCAAUUACUCAGAAAGAAAUGGAUAAACCAGAGUUAAUAAAGUGGCUCUCCACUCAUCCAACCCAUAGUGACAGGGCAGACAAUCUAGAAGCUUUACUUCCACAGGCAUUAAAGAUAAGAAGGAAUUGUAACUGCCCUCUCCUGCCAGGGGAAGUAUCCUUUAUAACUCCAGAAGAUAAAAAUGACCAUGGAUUUUUACAACAGCAUUCUCUUCUUAGGAGGCCAUCUCCAUUGACUGAAAGGAAUAAGUUCAUUACUAAGUAAACCCACUACCAACUGUAAAUUUUGGAAUUUUGGAACCAAUCUAAACCACCCAUGUAUCUGACCAACCAUUAAAAAAGAUCCAAUGAAUUUAUGGUACUGUCAUACAUUUGAUCAUCACCUUGAUUGUAAACAGCCUGUGAACAGGUUCUUUACCAUGAACAGGGUAUGUAAGAGAAGAGUACAGCAAUCAAUUUUUGGUGUAAAGGCCCCUUAAUCCUUUGAGACCUAUGAAAGACUAUCGUCUAAUUUUUCUGUACAGUACCACCCCCAAAUCACACUUUUAAGGUCAAGAGAAUAGAGAAAAUGAUCACCAAUUAAAGCAGCUCUUGAUCGUUAAACAAAUUCUCCUUGUCACCUUAGGAAAUAUAUAGGGAACAGUAUGGAGAAUAUGCAUACUGAUGUUAGGGUGUAAAGGGUCAAUCAGAGUCUCCUCUUUGACAAUAUAUUUCUUUGCCUCUAGUUCCCUAGAAUCUAUGAUAAAAUCUUUACUAGCCAGUUUGAAAGCGUCAGACAAAGUUUUUUUAAUUGCGUGCUUAUUUUAGAAACACGGCAGACAAAAUUUCAGUUGCAUUUUUUUUUCCAUGAAUGAAUAGUAGCAAGUAUGCUUAAUAUUGAAGUCCAUAUUAUCAUAUGAAAAAUCACUUUUUGAAACUACAAAUUAAACUAAAUUAAACAGUUUUGUGAACUGAAACCUCAGUUAACAGUCUACAACAGUAAUUACAACCUCUAAGUAUCUGAAUACAUUUUGAGUUCUUGGUGUUUAAUAGUGUAUUUGUGUAUACAUGCAUCACUAAUUUUUCAAGAGAGGUGAAAGAAAGUAAAGGUGGCUCCAAAACAUUGAUUGAGCACUGAGCAUUGACUUUCAAAAUUUUCUGCAUUAAGUGUUGAUUAAAUUUUAUAGCUAUGUGUAAAUCUUAACCUUUCACCUCUUGUCAAUUUACAUGGUACAAUAAUCAUUAAAAUAGAAUGCUACAUGAA